AUGCCUAUCAAUGCCGUUUAUCGAUCGUCGCGCCGUAAAUCACCAUGCACUCUAUCCAACAUAAAUUCGCGCUCUCGCUCAGUUGAAUCUGGCACUGUAAUUCCAAAUACAACAACUGGCACUAUAACUUUGGCUGCCUUUAGCUCUUCUAAGUCGGGCUCCAUAUCUCCUUCACCAUCACAAACUUCCGAUGACGCCGCUUCUUAUUGCAGUCCAGAAACGACCAUGCCCCCAUAUCCAUCAGACAAGACUCAGAAUUCUCGUAUGAUGCACGCUGGUAAACUUGUUCCAGAACUUACAUCCGAGCCGGAAGCCUUUCAAACGGCGACAGGACCGUCUAGGAAUUUGCGCUAUGGCUCUGAACAAACAAAUACAUUGAUUAGAACUAAGCCUGGAGAGUUAGAAAUGUUGCCUUUAUAUAAGGUAUGCUGCAAGCUUGGCUCAACUUUUUGA